UUCCCCGAACAAACACCUCUCCUCACCGACGGAAUGUGCAACACUGUCAAUCAACAGAAUGAUGAUAAGACCGUAAGGCAUUUGUUCUUCAUCUGAUCUCUUAGGUAUAUAUGUUGUCCUCUCUUUUGUCCAUCUGUCAUCCAUUACGAUGACUGGUUGAUGUUCGCAUGAUCUGCUUAGAGAAACCUUCACGCUCGUUCCGACUGUAUCUUUUAGAAAGAGAUCGCCGUGACUGUGGAAGCAGUAUUCAUUUAGAAGAUUGACAUCCUACAACCAUGCAGAUUCCUUAUCUCUACUCUUUUCAUUUUUGCUCGAGGAAUUCAGAUCUUGAUGGGAAGAUUUAUAUCAGAUGACAAUUGGACACUGCAAGUCCCUUCACGAGAAGGUAGUAUAUAUUCGUAACUGGCAGUAAUUAAAGCUUGUCAAACUGAUGGAGCAAUCAAAGGAACUCAAAGUUGUCAAUGAUCAAUUCAUUACCUGAAAUGUCUGCCUCGAAGAUCUAAAAGACAACCAUGGAAGUUGAAUCUGCACAUACACAUGAAAUGAUGUGGAAGGAGUCGGUAAUCCAUAUUUAUCUUGUCAACCAAGGAGUUUCCUUAAAUUAAUUCUAAUCCAUCAAAGUCAGCUUAUUAUUCUCAGAUUUCCUUCCGACAUCAUCUCAUACUAUUCUCUACAUGAUUUAUGUUGAUUUCUUUCUGAUUAUUUGUGUAUUUAUUUUUAUAGAUUUCUUUCAUAAGAUCAGAAUUACAACUGUUUAAGUGAAGUGAAUCAUCCAGAUAAAGAAAUAACAAGAUGUGAUCUAAAUAUAAUUAUGUGGAACCUUCAUCAUCCCCUAACUUGUUGGAACCAUAGACAGAAAGUCCAGUGUUAAUAGUAAGAAUGAGUAGAUAUUCUAUGUGAAUCCAAUCUCAUAUACUGCUGACUUUGUAUCAGUUGUAAACCCUUUGCACCGAUCACAUCUCAUGUGGUGAGUUUUAGACUGUCUUCCACUUGUUAUUCUUAAUCAUUUAAAGAUAUGCAUCCACGAAAAGGUGCAAAUGGAAAGUCUUGUGAGAGAAGGUGCGACGAGGAGAGAGAAGGGGGAAUGUAAGAGAUUAAUAGCUGUGUGGGUUUCUUUCAAAGGCAUUAUUUCAAAGGCAUUCCCUUGCCAUCUUUUUCGGAGAAGAAGGAAUUCUCCAAGUAGUCCAAUCGUUCAUCUUGUAGAUCUCUCAUGGACGUCGGCCCUUCGGAGAACUCGGGGGUCAUGGAAGAGGAAGAGGAGGAGGAGGAGGAGGAACAGACGAGGAGAGAAGAGAAGAGGGAGGAGGAAGGAGACAGUACGCAGCAGCUGAUACGGAAAGACGAGUCGAAGACCAACUUCUUAUUGGAUUUGGGUCUGUCGGCCAAAGAUGGAUCGUCGUCUUCAUCGCCCCUGCUCGAGCUCAACCUCAUCGGUUCGCUCGGCUGGUCGAAUUCCGAGCCGCCGCCACCGGAGGAGGCGGCGUCGCCGGAGUCGGAGCCACGGGUGUUCUCCUGCAACUACUGCAAGAGGAAGUUCUAUAGUUCGCAGGCGCUCGGCGGGCAUCAGAACGCGCACAAGCGCGAGCGCAACCUCGCUAAGCGCGGCGGCCUGGGGCUCGGUGAUCAUGCCGCUGUCGGUUACAGGCUUUCGGAAAGCAUGGGGAACCUGCCCCUGCACGGGUCAUACGCCGGCGGGCCGCUCGGCAUGCAGGUGCACUCCAUGAUCCAUAAGCCAUACAUUGGAACAGCCGCUGGUUUGAUGUACGGGCGGCAUGGGUGGCUGCGGUCUCCGAUAGCCAACUCUCAGCCAGCCAUAGGGCGGUUGUUGACGGAAGAGUUCUACGGCGGAGGAAGAGCACAGCCGGCGGCCAAGUUCGAGGAGGCGAUAGCAGCAGCAGCAGCGGUGGGUGGGAAGCACUGGGUUGGCGGCGGCGGUGGUGGAGGAGGUGGUGGUAACCACUUGAAUCCUAGACAGGAGGAGUUGCCUAAGCUUGACUUGUCCCUUAAACUCUAGAGCAGCAGUUGACUUGACUGUAUAGCUUUCUAAUGCUUUGAUUCUAAUUUCUCUCUCAAAAACAAUUUGCACACUGUGCUGCUUCAUGUUCAGUAAACUCUUUCUACUUUCUUCUGAC